UGUUCCAGUUCAAGUUCAUUGAGUACCAAGUACGAUCCGGAUCUCUUGAAAUCUGACGUCGCACUCGCGAGGAGUCGAGUUUCCCGGCUGAAACGAGAGCUCGAACAGAUCCGAGCUGAAAUGAACUGUACACAACGAGGGGUGGACACUCUUGCAAGCGUCGAGCAGAAAUUGAGCGGACAUCAUGGUGGUUGCUACAACAUCACGGAGGCUCAGGCGAUCAUGACAGAGCUCCGAAACAUUCAAAAGUCGCUGAGCUCGGGCGAGAAGGAGAAAGCUGAGUUGAUGCAGUCUCUGGCUCAAUUGAAGGACGAGCUGACGAGACUGCAGCUCUGCGAAGGUAGUCCCGAGGCUAGCACGCUCAGCUUACCUCAGGAGAAGCUUAGUACAGCCUCUCAGACCGAUCUGUCCGGCGAAUUAGUUCCAAUUGGCACCCGACUCGCCGAAAUGGCACGGAUGAGGCUGCAGUACGACGAAGCAAGAAAAAGGAUACAGCACAUACAGCAACAAUUAGCGGACCUGGAGGAAAAGGUGACGCCUGGUCAGACAGAAAGCGACAAGGAUAAGUUGCUACUCUUUCAAGAGAAAGAACAGUUGCUGCGAGAACUAAGAAGCAUCACGCCACGCACCAGAACGCAGCAGGAUAUGAAAAAGAUCCAGAGUGAGAUCCGCCGCCUCGAGCAGGAUCUAAACAACGCGCUUGAAUUGUCGAACAAGACGAUUACUGAUCGCGUGCGACUACACGAGGAGAAGCAACUGCUGUUGCAACAGUUGAGGGACGCUUUACGCUCGAUGGCGAUGCUCGAGGGACAAUUGAAGACUCUUAGCGCGAGCACGCUCUCGGUGAGCAGUAGUUCCAGCCUUGGAAGUCUCAGCACGACUAGCAGCAAAGGUUCGCUUAGCUCUGGACUGAGUUUCACCGAUAUUUACGGUGGUCCUCAAUGCCUCGGCCCUGUCAGCUCCCAACAGGAACGACCAGUUGACAUGGUCGAUCUGCACAGACGGGUAGAAAGAUUGCUCAGAGGUUCGGAACAGAAUAAUCUCGCCAGUACACCCUCUCCGGGUCGAUCGCAGCCGAGCUUAUCACCGAGAUCGAGUUUGUCCAGCGUCAGUCCACCGGUUUCACCAUUGUACGAAAAUGCUCCGAUGGGCCCACCGCCGGCUUACGAACACGUAGAGAUGCAGAGACGACAACAUCAGAGAGCUACGACCUCCUCUAGCGCUCACUUAGAUGGAAGUCAAUUAGAGGAUCGUUUGGCGGAACUUAGGCUUACUCAACAACAAACGUCGUCUCACGAGCAAUCCUCUGUUGGUUCUCAGGAUCGUCUUAAAUUAGUCGGUGGUCCACAUCCACCUGUCGAAUUACAGUCUGGUAAUAUGUCUCAAGGAAGCGGCCUUGGCAGGCCUGUAUGUGUUAUACAGCAUCAAGUGCCUUCGCAAGAACCACCGCCUCUUUCGCCGAUAAGCGAGACACCUCCUCCUACUGGUAUUCGUUCAAGAGCCAGCAGUUCUGGCACGAAUACCAGAUCCGUCUCUGCUGCCGUUUCCGACGAAAGUGUCGCGGGUGAUUCAGGAGUAUUCGAAGCUUCUAACCGAAGGAAACUUCCUGGUGCGAUUGGCGAUGUUAAUUCGCUGUCGCUUGGCGAAAUGAGCUUGGAGACAGCACAGGUGCAAAUUAAGCUUAGGUAUAUAAAAGCUGCGUUGCUUCCGAUGCAACCGCCCGUUAAUCACAUGUGUUGUACAAAACCUGUUGUGGAUCUGCGCAAACCAACCUUCGGCGAAACAUUCCCGAUUGCAGUGCCACUCAACAAACUGUACACGAAGACAUUGCAAGUUAACGUUUGGUGUACGGGCAACGAGUCUGAGGAGUGCUUGGGAUCCGCCCAAGUGUCCCUUGCAGACUUUAGUCCAGAAUCGCCGAGCGUGAAAUGGUACAACAUACUUUCCUUUCGCUUCAUGCAACCAUCCGACAGCCCAAGCACUAGUACCAGCAAUAGCAAUAGCAUCUCCAUCAGUGUAACGAGGCAGGCCAAACACGACAAACAAGAAUCAGACUUAUCAAUGUAUCGUGCUGGACAGAAUACAAAGGAAGAAAGCAGCGACGAGAGUACGAUUAUCAGUUCUCAAACGUCGACUUUGACAAGAAAUCAGGGAUGCGAUGAAUUGCAGACGGCAAUCUCGUUAAGGCUGGAGGAGCUAGCCAAUUGCUUGGGAAGUCCGGAAGAAGAAGAUGAGAACGGUGGAAGUGAAAGCGGAAGUGAAGACAGUGACGAAGAAGGAAUUAUUGUGGAAUUUACGGUGGAAGAUAAUGUUCUAGAAGACGUGUUAGAACACGAGGAGGACGAAGAAUUGCACGAAGAAUCAAGGCAGACUCAGGACAAGGAGACUAAUACUGAAUGUGUCUUCAUCCCAGAACAAGGAAAACAGAGGAAACUUUCAGCGGCCGGUGUUGUUUCUAGCGCUAUGCACGAUGACAAAAAUUCUAUAGUAAUCAAAAGAAGCCAAACGUUUUCACCUAGUGCUGCAGUCAGUAAAAAUCACUAUAUUUGUCGACUGAAUCGAAGUGAUAGUGACAGCAGUAUGCCACUUUAUCGCAGAGGCGGGCCUUUCCAACGAAAUUCAGUUGAAAGACGUUCCCUACGGUGGCGAAGACCUUUGUCCGCUCUCAGUUGUAAAACUGCUUCGAAAAAAUCCACUAAUUUGCCACCUACCGCUAGAACCUCGUUGGAUCUCGAAUUAGAUCUUCAAGCUCAACACGCUAGACUCAACAAUCUCCAAGAUGAGUUGAGUAGAUUGCGAGAAUUAAAGCAAAGGUUAGAACAAGCGCGAGAGAAGGGAGACAUAGAUUUUGCAACGUGGUUGUUAGAGGACCACAAGUUCCAGAACCUAAUGGCACAAGCUGAAAGUGGGAAAAACGGUAAAAGUGCUGAGGAUAAAAGAGUAGAGAAAAUGCUGAAGAAAACUUCGAAAGAGAUCUACAAAUUACGGAAAACAAAAGCUGGGAAAGGGAAACCUGAUAUUAUUUCAUUCAAAGAAAAAAUGGCUUUCUUCACACGCGUUAAUCUCAAUGUUCCUGUACUUCCACCCGAAGAUUCAUUGUGUGAAAACCCAUCGUCACCAUCACCAUCGUUUCAGCACAGGAGACACGCCUCAGAACCAGUUACCACAGAGUAUAUGGUUAAUAAGCUUGGUGCUCAAGGUGUUUUAAAUUUGACUUCGCGGUCAAAUAGUGUUCCUAGUGGGAAUACGUCUAUGGUGAAGACUGACGGUGCCGCGACCAAUAACACGACUACAGUCACGAACGUGAUCGAGGACGUUCCGGCGAACAGUACAAAUAAACCUGUGAAGGGCCGAUCCACCGAGGCAAACGUGCAUUGUCAAGAAAACGGUCAAGGUGGCGAGAACUUGAAAUCAACCGAAGAAAAUGAUGACGAAGAGCCAAGGAGAUACGAAUACGUAGUCGACAGAGUUCUCGGUGUCGAAGUG